AUGAGGCUCAAUGGUGAUGAGGAGAACGCGGAGCCCAGCAUGCUGCAGCGCAUCCUCACCGCCCGGCAGCAGGGCGAGCAGCCACCGCCAGCCGGCCGGCAGCACCACGGCCCGCACCUGCCCUCGGCCGGCCACAUCCAGGCUAUCAAGGGCUUCCUGGCCAAGUGCUGGAGCCUGGACAUCAGCACCAAGGAGUACGCUUACCUCAAGGGGACGGUGCUCUUCAACCCGGAUCUGCCUGGACUGCAGUGUACACAGUACAUCGAAGGAUUGCAGAGGGAAGCACAACAAGCUCUAAAUGAACAUGUCAGACUCAUUCACAGAGGUGAUGAAGCCAGAUUUGCCAAGCUGAAUGUUGUCCUCUCAUUGUUAAGAUCUAUUAAUGCUAAUGUGGUUGCUGAAUUAUUCUUCAGGCCCAUCAUUGGUGCAGUGAACAUGGAUGACAUGCUUUUGGAAAUGCUUUGUGCAAAGUUAUAAUUAAAAUUAUAAAGGUGUGUAAAAUAAUGACAAGCAAUCCAGUGCAAAGGAAGCCCCAGAGCAGGAUAGUGUAAAGUAUUGUAAAUAAAUUAACUUAUUGUUUUUACAUAGAUAGUAUUUUUGUAUUCCAUAAUAAAAUAUUCUUCAAGUUCUGAAAGCAAUUUUUAUUAAACACGGUGGUUUUGGAAUAAGGUUAUGAUCAACAAAACAAGCUUUAAGGUUGUAGAGAAUGUUCAUAUCCAAAGCUCACUGGCUGUUCUUUUACCAUGCCUCUGAAUAAAGAACAUAUUUAGUAUACUGUA